AUGGAGGGAUCAGUUAUAUAUUCCAACAAAAUCCAAACGCCAGAAAAUUCUGGCAAAGAGAAGAAUUUGCCAGAAAAGUCAGAGAGCGUUGAUGCAUACAAGACAUUUCAGACUCUGGAGAUCAGCCCAGCUGGACCUUCACUCUCAGGUGCUCAAGAUUUAAAGAAGACGUCUUAUGCAAAAACUGCAGUCUAUCUCGGUCUGCUGUGUGCUCUCCUCCUGGCUGGACUCAUCACUCUGAUUCUCCUUAACAACAAGCUGACCGAAGAAAGAAACAUGCUACAGACCAGCUAUGACAACCUCACCAGUGAACAUAACCAGCUACAGACCAUUUAUGGCAAGCUAACCAGUAAACAUGGCCAGCUACAUGUCAAGUACAACAACCUCACCAGUGACAGAGCCCAGCUACAUACCAGACACAACAACUUAACCAGUGAACAUGAGGAGCUGCAGACCAGUUAUGACAACCUGACCAGUGAACAUGAGGAGCUGCAGACCAGUUAUGACAACCUGACCAGUGAACAUGACCAGCUGCAGGCCAGUUAUGACAACCUGACCAGUGAACAUGACCAGCUGCAGGCCAGUUACAACAAUGUGGUCAACCAACGAGACCAGCUGCAGGCCAGGUAUGACAGCCUGGCUAACCAACGAGACCAGCUGCAGGCCAGGUAUGACAGCCUGGCUAACCAACGAGACCAGCUGCAGGCCAGGUAUGACAGCCUGGCUAACCAACGACACCAGCUGCAGACCAGGUAUGACAGCCUGGCUAACCAACGAGACCAGCUGCAGGCCAGGUAUGACAGCCUGGCUAACCAACGAGACCAGCUGCAGGCCAGGUACAACAAUCUGAGUAGAGAAAGAAACCAGCUCCAGACCAGCUACAACAACCUGGCCAGAGACAGAGACCAGCUCCAGACUAGCUACAACAACCUGGCCAGAGACAGAGACCAGCUCCGGACCAGCUACAGUGACCUGGACAAAGAAAGGAAUGAGUCAGAGACCGGGUACAACAAUCUGGUCAAGGAAAGAGACCAGCUCCAGACCAGCUACAACAAUCUGGCAAGAGGAAAGAACCAUUGCCAUAAUCCUUAUAGUCUUAGUAAUAGUUUCUGGGCCUCUGCAGAGCCGAAUCACUAUAUGGGAAGAGAUGAAGACUGUGUAGAAAUACAAAAGUAUGAUGUGGAAAACAGCUGGAACGAUGAAUCAUGUUCCUCUCUAAGAAACGGGAUCUGUGAGAAGAUGAUUAAUCUGUAG